AGAAGUGAACCUUUUUUUAGUGGGCGUCUAGCUGUAAAGUUCUGUGACGUGAUAUGAGGGGACUAGGGGCGGGGCUGAGCUGGACCAAUGAGGAGGGGCAAAGGCGGUUUGCCUGUUCUCACGCCCAACCCUCAGACCCAGCCUCGGGAAAGUUUCCCCUCUAGGAGGCAGAGAAGCGAACAAGGCGGAAAAGAGAACAUGGCAGCGCGUAGGUGGAUGUGGUGUGUUUCUGCGACCAUGGCGAUGGCACUGCUGCUCGUUUACCAGGUUCCCUCAGCCUCUGCCCAGAGGAAGAAGGAGAUGGUGUUAUCUGAAAAGGUUAGUCAACUGAUGGAAUGGACCAAUAAAAGACCUGUAAUAAGAAUGAAUGGAGACAAGUUCCGUCGCCUUGUUAAAGCCCCACCAAGAAACUACUCCGUUAUUGUCAUGUUCACUGCUCUCCAACUUCAUAGACAAUGUGUCGUGUGCAAGCAAGCUGAUGAAGAAUUCCAGAUCCUGGCAAACUCCUGGCGAUACUCCAGUGCAUUUACCAACAGGAUAUUUUUUGCUAUGGUGGAUUUUGAUGAAGGCUCUGAUGUAUUUCAGAUGCUAAACAUGAAUUCAGCUCCAACUUUCAUCAACUUUCCUGCAAAAGGAAAACCCAAACGAGGUGAUACAUAUGAGUUGCAGGUGCGUGGUUUUUCAGCUGAGCAAAUUGCCCGGUGGAUUGCUGACAGAACUGAUGUCAAUAUUAGAGUAAUUAGACCCCCAAAUUAUGCUGGUCCACUUAUGUUGGGAUUGCUUUUGGCUGUUAUUGGUGGACUUGUGUAUCUUCGAAGAAGCAAUAUGGAAUUUCUCUUUAAUAAAACUGGAUGGGCUUUUGCAGCUCUGUGUUUUGUGCUUGCUAUGACAUCUGGUCAAAUGUGGAACCAUAUAAGAGGACCACCGUAUGCUCAUAAGAAUCCCCACACAGGACAUGUGAAUUAUAUCCAUGGGAGCAGCCAGGCCCAGUUUGUAGCUGAAACACAUAUUGUUCUUCUGUUUAAUGGUGGGGUUACCCUAGGGAUGGUGCUUUUAUGUGAAGCUGCUACAUCUGAUAUGGAUAUUGGAAAGCGAAAGAUAAUGUGUAUGGCUGGUGUUGGACUUGUUGUAUUAUUCUUCAGUUGGAUGCUUUCUAUUUUCAGAUCUAAAUACCAUGGAUAUCCAUAUAGCUUUCUGAUGAAUUAAAAAGGAUUCCAGAGAUAUGUAGACACUGGAGUAAUGGAAAUUGAAAAAUGAAAAACGUGUGUGUGAAAAGAAGAAAGCAAUUUGUGUAUUUUGUAUUACCUCUUUUUUUCAAGUGAUUAAAAUAGUUAAUCAUUUAACCAAAGAAUAUAUAUAGUGCCUUAACAAGCAAUUUUCUGUCAAAAUCAUGAAGUAUUGGGAUAUGAUUCUUCUCUUAACCUUUCCUUCCCAGUAAACUUUAUGGAACAUUUAAUUUAGUAGAAUUAAAUAUUUUAUAAAAAUUUUAAAACUAUUAUGUUUUAUUAAAACAAGAUUCAAAACUACUUUAGUUAACUUUUGGUCAUUUGAUUUUUAUUAUCGUAUCCAAAGGUGGGGGGAAAAUGUCCUGACCAGGUGUUCCUGCAUAUGCCUGUUACUGAUAACAGCAAGCUAUACUUCUUGGUAGCUGUAGACAUUAAGAAGUAUCUCUAAAUAUAGGAUUAUGAUUUCUGCAUGAAUGUGGUAUUAACUAACUUGUAUUUUGAAAGAUUUCAGGUUUAUUCUGUCUCCCUACUUUUUUAAAGGUGGUUCCCUCUCUAAAUAAAAAUGUAGAUUACUACUAAAAUCAGCGUAAAUUUAAAAUAGUCUAAAAUCUUUCUGAAAAUUAGACAUUAUCAUUUAUUUCAUUUGUACCUAAGAGAAAAAUAUGGGUUUAUCUGGUUAAGAUGACUUCUGUAUUACAGCUAUAACAUAUUUCAUUAGCCCUUGUGUUUAGGAAUAGGAUUCCCCUAGCUUAGGAAAAUAAAACCAUGAAAUACUCAGUUGUUGCCUAUGAUUAGAAAGUAAAUGUUUCUCAAAAGCUGUUCUGUUUUUUGCUCUUAUUUUAGCCUUCAUUUUCUCACUUUAAGAGGAGAAACAAAGUAAUCAUUUGAAGAGGUUUUGUUUGAGAUUUUUUUUUUUCUGUCAGUGAAAAUAAUAAUAUAUGCUAACCAAAUUCUGUGAAGAAUGAAAGUUGGUGGUUAUCAUUAGAGCUAGCUAUAACUUCCCCCAUAGUUGUGAACAGUAUCUUGAAAUGCCACUAUAAUGGAAAUAUGAGAAUUCUGAUAAUGAAAAAAUUUUAAAGAAAUAUUAAAAGUGUUACAUUAAAGUAAUGCUGUGAUUGCCUGCUAUUAUUUACCAUCUAAUAACUCUCCCAUGUGGUCCAGAAGUGUUAAUAUAAUAAAGGUUUGAAGAAAGAGAUAGAUAUAAUUGCCUAAGAAGAAAUGUUUUAUGUGAGGUUUUUGUUUUUGUUUUUGUUUUUGUCAGUAGAUUUGGUGGGUGAGGGGAUAUUUACUCUUUAACAGAGCCUGUUUUUGUUACUCCCCUGUAAAUUGUGUGAUUCUCGAUUCCUUUUCUGCCGUUCUUGUACUUGCCUCAGGCCAAAUAAAUUUAUGCUGUGAUUCUUA